AUGACCGUUAAAUAUGAACAAGGUUUGGGGAAGGAGAAGCCUCAAAAUGUUAUUUGUGACUUGGCAGAAGGGAAGUUUGGGUCAAAGGCGUUUGACCAAUUAGCGCAGAAUGACAUUCCAAAAAACGUUCAGGCACUAGUUGAUCUACAAGCUGAAUCUGGCUCGCCUGAUCAGUUACUGGAUGAGAUCUCAUUACAUCACCAGGUGGAACCUCCCAUCGUGGCAUGCAUACCUCAACAGCUCUCCCAAUCCUUCCCGAAGCUCUCCAUAGAAGUGUUUUCUACCACUUUCAUGGACUCCACAUUCAGAAAGGAAAAUGUUGGUAGCUCAGGUAUCGUAGAUGGUGGUCGUUGGCUGGUUCGCACAACCACCAAUCCACCGCUACGCACUACUACGCUCCACAAUAACGCACUGAUGAUGUCACCUCGAUUGGUGAUGAAACGUUUGCAAUCAAAUUGCCCAGCUCAGCGAACAAGCCAAAGACCACCAUUCAUUAUUGUCACCAUAUUUGCCUGGGCCAACAUUCACCUCCCAACGCUUGAAUCUUCGGUUGACGGAUGCACUGCUGACGAUGGCCGUGUACGAUCAAGUUAUAACAAUCCAGAACUAGAACAAACAACUAUUCUAGAAACCAUGCCUUUGUGUACUUGGAGAGCUGGUCUGUGGAUGAAUAAAGACGUUUCACAAAUGGAUCAACCUCUUGCGUACCAAGGGAACAGGACAACUUUGGCAUGGAACGCCGUCAGCAGGGAUGUUGUGUGUCGUCGAGUGUCACAAGAUGGCACACACAGUGUGCAUCGAACCCACAACCUACUUCCGCAUAGAGCCUACUGUCCAGGUGCAAGAACCGAA